CUCCACCCUCUUACCCUCCCUCCUAUUCCUCCUCUACACUACCCACAUACACCCACUCACAAGCCAUGUCCUUCCUCUCUGGCUCACUACGAUCCCUCGCCGCAAGGGCAGCACUGGCAGCACCAGCAUCAGCAGCCGCCCCGACCAGGAUCGCACUGCUGCACUCCACUGCCGCCUCUUCUUCAAAGGCUGCUGCCUCACCCCUCGUAGCCGCUGCUAGGACUAGGAUCGUGGCGCCUGCUCAGGCCAAGAGCGUCCUUGGUGCACGUACCUACGCCUCCCACGAGGCCGACGAGUCCUUCGAGGGCUUCACCGCCCGCUACGUCUCCUUCUUCGAUGCCGUCGAGGACCUCUUUGAACUCCAACGCGGCCUCAACAACUGCUUUUCUUACGACUUGGUCCCUGCCCCUGAGGUGAUUGAGAGUGCUCUGAGGGCUAGCAGGAGGGUCAAUGACUUUUCAACGGCAGUGAGGAUCUUUGAUGGAAUCAAGGAAAAGGUGGAGAACAACAAGCAGUAUGAGCAGUACCUCGAGGCAUUGAAGCCUGUCAGGGAAGAGCUGGGCAUCAACACCCGGGAGGAGUUCUACGGAAACUAGACGCGGCAUGGCCUCUGUUCCAAUCGACUCGUACUACUUACUAGACCGGAUACAGCCUCUUGCCAGCGGAGGGCUCUACUUCAAGAGGUGGGAGAGGAGACGAGGGAGGGGAGAGAAGAUCGCUGAGGAGCACGAGGUAGCGACACUAGCGACGCCCUCGUAGGAGAAAGGAGACGAAAAGA